AUGGGGUUUCAGGAUUGUGCAGACACUGUGAUUGGGAACUGGUACUUGAGAGGGAUAAGUGGUGGAAAAAAGAGAAGGGUUAGCAUUGCCUUGGAGAUUUUGAUGAAGCCAAGAUUGCUCUUCCUUGAUGAACCUACAAGUGGACUUGACAGUGCACCAGCUUUCUUUGUGACUCAAACAUUAUGUGCCUUGGCAAGAAAUGAAAAAACCAUGAUAGCUUCUAUUCAUCAACCUAGCAGUGAAGUUUUCGAACUAUUUGGUCACUUGUACUUGCUUUUGGGGGGUAAAACUGUCUAUUUUGGCCACGCUUUUGCAGAAUAUGAGUUCUUUGCACAAGCUGGAUUUUCAUGCCCUGCUUUGAGGAACCCAUCAUCAGAUCACUUCCUUAGGUGCAUCAAUUCUGACUUUGACAAAGUCAAGGCCACUCUUAAAGGCUCCAUGAAACUCAGGGUACUAAGGAGAUUAUUGGACUUUGACAAGAAACUUCCUUCUCCUGAUGCUCUUCUCAUCAAUAGGCAAAGAGAUUCUGCUGUCUUUAUCGGUCAAGCAGGGAAGACUUACAAAUUCAGAGUGUCCAAUGUUAGGUUAACAACAUCAAUCAACUUCAGGAUUCAAGGCCACUCAUUGAAACUGAUUGAAGUUGAAGGUGCUCACACUUGUGUUCCUCUAUGCUCGCAUCGCCGUCGUGCUUGUCGCUGCUCACGCGCCGUCAUGCUCAUCACUGCUCGCAUCGCCGUUGUGCUUGUCGCUGCUCGCAUCACCGUUGUGCUUGACGCUGCUCGCAUCACCGUCGUGUUCGUCGCUGACUUGCAUUUCCUCAUCGUUGCUUCUGAAGUUGUGUUCCUCUCUGCUCGCGUCGCCGUCGUGCUUGUUGCUGCUCGCGCGCCGUCGUGCUUGUUGCUGCUCGCGCUCCUUCGUGCUUGUCGCUGCUCACAUUGUCAUCGUGUUCGUCACUCUGCAUUUUAA